AUGAUUACGAUGUAAUCAUUGAUGUUGGGGAAGGAUCGGAUAAAACACAAUGUCUGGCCCAUUCGAUCAUUCUCAAGACAAGAUCCGAAUAUUUUAGAGUUGCUUUAUCCUUCAAUUGGGCGAAAAAGGAGGGAGACUAUUACAGAUAUUCAAAGCCAAACAUAACUUCUCGCGCAUUUGAUGCCGUGCUCAAAUAUUUGUACGUUGGCACCAUAGAUGUGUCGCAAGAAAACCCAGAGACAAUUUUUUCAAUCAUUUUAGCACUUGACGAAAUGCAACUUUAUGCUCCCCUUGAAGUUGUUCAAAAAUUCUUCGUUGAAAAUUAUACAAAUUGGAUUGAUAAAAAUCCUGUUAAAACUUUAGAAAUGGCCUCAACAAAUGAUAACUUAUCCCUUAUAAAAGAAUAUAUAGAAAAAAUCAUUUGUCAGGAACCCGAAAAGUUUUUCCAAUCUACAGACUUUGUUGAUGUGAAAGAAAAUUCAUUAAUUAGUCUACUAGAAAGAGAUGAUCUCGUAAUGAGAGAGGUGGACAUUUGGGAAGCGCUAAUUAAAUGGGGUAAAAGUGUAUCAGAAGACAGCGAUAACGAUUUGAGCAUAUAUAAAGAAACGCUCCGAACGAAGUUAGAAAAAUGUAUUAAUCAUGUUAGGUUUUGCAGAAUGACUUCAGCAGAGUACGCUCUGAAAGUGAGAGAACCAUAUAAAUGGCUCCUCCCAAACGACUUGGAUGAAGAAAUCGUUAACCAUUUUCUUCGAGCGAGGAAAGCGUCCAAAGCCAUUUUGGUUCAACCACGACGCCGGCAUUUAAAUACCACAUUUAUUGUUGGCGAACAAAUUAGUUACGUUUAUAGGUGGAUUAUGGAUCGAGAAAGUUCGACCCCUGAUACACUUCCGGAUUUUAAAUUAAUAUUUAAGGCAGAUCGAGAUGGAUGGGACACCUUUCGCCAGAAGUGUCAAGGCAAGGAGAAGACACUUGUACUGAUUAAGGUUCGUGAUGCGCCUAUUAUCUUGGGAGGAUACAAUCCCGUAACGUGGGAUGUAGAACAGCAGACGAGCGCAACUUCUCCAGAUGAGCAAAGAACACCGGCUCUUCCAAGAAGACCAAUAGCAUCCACAUCAUCCCAACCUCGAAUAAGUCCUUUAGCAACAGUUACGCCACCGGUCGGACCGCCUUUGUUUCAACCACAGCCACAAAGAAAUUCGGGACAAUACUACAGACCACCCGUGGUUCGAUUACCGCCGCCUAUGCCACAAGUUUCAUCUUUUAAACCUGCUUUACAUCCUCAAUUUGGUCUUUUCGAUAUUCCUGGAGGAUUUAAUAAGACGUCGAGCAGUUUUAUAUUCAUGUUUCAAUUGGACAGUAUACCUCAAAGGGCCCGUAUAAUUGAUUCAAACUUUGCGAUUGACCCAACGGCAGCGAGUCCAAAAUUUGGACGUAGUGACCUACAUAUCGAAGGGAAAAUGGUUUCGUGCUCACCGAUAGAUUAUGAACCAUCGUUGUCACUAGAUGGAAAAUACGCUAUUAUCGAUUAUGAGGUCCAUCAGGUUCAAUUACCUUGA